AUGAAUAUAGUAUUCGUGUGCACCAGCAACACGUGCCGCUCGCCGGUCGCUGAGCACUUCGCCGUCGAGUACUUCCGUCGCAAACUCAACAUGUCGCGCGAGCAGCAGGAAGAGAAGGGGAUUGUCAUUCGCUCCGCAGCGUUGACGGACGUGUUUGACCGCGAAGGCUCGCCGGCCUCCAAACACGCGGUGGACGUGAUGAAGAAGUACCAACUGAACUUGUCCAAGCAUCGCUCGCAGCUCCUGACGGAGCAAAUGUGCAUAGAGGCCGACUACGUCGUGUGUGUGGCCAGCGGCUUGGCUUACAAGGUCACGGAGAAGUUUCCAAAGAUCAAGGAACGGGACGGUGUGCUGUGUGCCUUCGCGCGAGACUUACCUGACCCAUGGCACAUGUCCUAUGAUACCUACAUGGAGAACAUUGCGCAGAACGAGGAGAUGACGCGGGAUUUCCUCGAUAAACACGUUACGUGGUGA